AUGAAACAUUUACUAUUUGCUGUGCCCUGUGAGACAAUUCAAAAGCUUUUGUAUCUAACUUAUGCAGCUGUAGCAAUUAUAUGAGCAUCGUUUGAUGGAAGUAUUGGCGAUGAUGGAGUAACAGUUUUAAACAGCAUUGAACUGGGCUUGCUAAUUCUUAUUAUUGCUGUAGUUUUUAUACAAUAAUAAAAUGGCAUUCGGUUCGAGAGAAAUUAGCUUUGCUAAUUUUCUCUCCCUCAUGGAAUUUUAUUAUUAGGGUUAGGUUUUCACUCGCGAACUUCUGGACAGCAAUAGCGGUUUAACUUUGGGGAUAACCAAAGGAACCACUCCUCAGUCCACUCAAGAUCUCGGGCUUUUACCUCUCAGCGCAUCCCCACGGGAGGAUGACCCUUAGGCGGAACACGCGCAGGAGCUGAGUCGAGCGACAAGGGCGACGGCAACGCGCCGGGUGAGACGUGCAGCAAGGCCGGUGAAGCAGGAGUUGAUAGAAGGCUUGGACGGGGCUGACCCGUGCCAAGAUGGCUCGCCUACGUCAUCAGUUUUGCCAUAGGCCCUUUUGGGCUGCGGCACUAGACACCUUAAACACCAGAUAAUUAAGUAAGUAUUAUUGCUGUAGUUUUAUACAACAUUUUAUCAAAUUUCAAUGUAAAAGCAAUGUAGUCAAUUAAUUUUACAACCCAAAAGCUUUUAAGCAUGAUUAUUACUGUGGUGUGUCUGAUAAUGAGUUUGACUCAAUUAUCAGGGGCGCCAAUCAGAAAUAAAUCAGGGAUUAAAGGCAUUUUUUUAGUUUUUAAACUUAUUUUGGCGGAUAUAGCGAUGUAUGAUAUGCUGACUUCAAAAGAAAACUUUCACAAGUCACAGAGCUCAGUUGAGGUAAUUAAUCCAAUUGAUGGCAAAUUAGCAGAAAUAUUAAAUAACGCCAUGAAAUUAGCUUCAAAUGCCAAUGACAAAGAUCUUAUGAGCGAAAUUAGUUUGUAUUUUAAAUCAGUAUGCUACAAAAGCCCUUAUGAAAUUGAGCCAGAUGAAAAAAUUGAAGACAAAAGAGAUGAAGCUGCAAGCUUAAUCGGCUGGAAUUUUAGUUUGAAGCUAGAUGAAACUUCCCACCCAAUUGAUCCUCAAGACAUUGUUCCUGAGGCUUUUCAUAGCUCUAGAAAUCAAGAUCUCGAUCAAUUAGAAACAUUUGAAUUUGAUAUUUUCAAGUUCAUGAAUAAAAUGGCAUUCGGGUCAAGUGAAAUUAGCUCCGUUAAUUUUUUAUCCCUCAAGCAAUUUUAUUAUGAAGUUAGGUUUUCUUCUGAGAACUUCUAUGCAGCAAUAGCAGUUUAACUCUGGGAGAUAAGCUGAGGCACUGCUCCAAUUACUUCAAGAGGCUCAAAGUUUUACCUCUCAGCACAUAGAGGAAGGUGACCCUUAGGCGGAACACGCGCAGGAACUGAGCCAAGGAAGGCAAGGCAACGCAGCCCGUCGAAGCCGGAUCGCUGUUUUUGCCCAUGCCAGAGUGCAACAAAGUGGAUCGAUUCAGAGGUCCAUGGACCCGACACGUGGACAAAUAUGGUGGCAGCUCUGGAAACGGCUACCCCGCAGUGGACGUUAAACGUUAUAAACUUAAUAAGAUAAGAUAAGAUAUUUUCAGGUUCAAUGAAGAAAACAAUCACAAUGGCUUACAAAUAAUUAUGAAUCACCUUUUUAAUAAAUUCGAUUUGUUCAAUUCUCUUAAUAUUCCUCAAAAACAAUUCAGAAAAUUCAUUCUAAGAAUUCAAUCUGGUUACAAAUCAGAAAAUGCUUAUCAUAAUUCAACUCAUGCAGCAGACGUCGUUCAAGCUUUCCACUUUUUGCUGCAUAAUUUUGACGCUAAAGAAAUUUGCAAUUUUUCACUAGCAGAAAUAGCCAUUUGCUAUAUAAGUGCUUCAAUUCACGAUUAUCAGCAUCCAGGGUUGACAAAUUUUUUUUUAAUUAAUACACAGCACAAGUUGGCUAUGCUUUAUAAUGACACAGCUGUGCUCGAAAAUUUCCAUGUAUCAUCUGCUUUUAACUUGAUAAUGAAGCCUAGUACAAAUAUUUUCGUAGAUAUGGAUCCAGCAUCAAUUAAACUAUUUCGGUCAAAAAUCAUUAGUUUAGUCCUUGCGACUGAUAUGAGCAAGCACUUCGAAGAAAUAAAUCGCUUUGAAAAUUUAAUUAAAUCACAAGAAAUUGCUUCUGAAGGAGGAAAAAGCACAAUGAUGGAACUGCUUAUGCAUUUUUGUGAUAUAAGCAAUGUUUUUCGACCUUAUGAAAUUUGCCGCAAAUGAGCUGAACUAAUUAGCCAAGAGUUUUUCUUGCAAGGAGACCAAGAAAAAGAGCUUGGAAUUCUACUAUCUCCUACUUGUGACAGAAAUAAUGUUAUCAUUCCAAAAGCACAGCUCAGCUUUAUAGCGAAUUUUAUUGAUCCUUUCCUUAACCCUAUGAAAACAGUUUUCCCGAAAUUUGAAAAUCUUGUAGUGUUAUUGGAUAAAAAUAAAGAAGAAUUGCAAAAGAGUUUGGCUGAGAGCUCUGGAAUUUAA